CGUAGGGGCGUCAUGGGCAAGCACGGCCCUGCCCAUCAGGUAGUCAUGUGCAAGCAGGGCCCUGCCCAUCGGGGCCACCAUGGGCAAGCAGGGCACUGCCCGUUGGGGCCACCAUGGGCAAGCACGGCCCUGCUCGUCGGGGCCGUCAUGUGCAAGCAGGGCGCUGCCUGUCGGGGCCACCAUGGGCAAGCAGCACCCUGCCCGUCAGGGCCACCAUGGGCAAGCAGGGCCCUGCCCAUUGAGGUGUCACGGACAAGAAGGGCCUUGCCCAUCAGGCCAUCAUGGGCAAGCAGGGCCCUGCCUGUCGGGGCCGUCAUGGGCAAGCAGGGCCCUGCCCAUCGAGGUGUCACGGGCAAGCAGGGCCGGCACGUGGAACAGCGCUCUCGCUUUGCAGGGGCGUCGGUCAGUAUUGCCCCAGCAGAAGUGCCAGGUGCAAAAGUGAGGAUGGUGAUCAUCACCGGACCGCCAGAGGCUCAGUUCAAGGCUCAGGGAAGAAUUUAUGGGAAAAUUAAAGAAGAAGAGCUUGUUAGUCCUAAAAAGAAGUGGAACUUGAAGCUCACAUCAGAGCACCGUCCUUUGCUGCUGGCAGAGUUAUGGGAACAGGAGGCAGAACGAUGAAUGUUUGUCAGGCGCAGAAGCUGUUGUCCCUGGAGACCAGACGCCUGAUGAGAAUGGCCAAGGGGCUGUCAAAAUAACUGGUCACUUCCAUGCUUGCCAGGUUGCCCAGGGAAAAAUUCAGGAAAUUCUGACUCAGAUAAGGCAGCACCAACAGCAGGAGGCUCUGCAAAGUGGACCACCCCAGCCAAGGUGGAAGUAGAAGCUCAGGAAACAGCCCUCCACAGAGGCAGAUGCCAAACCAAGCAGAGAUUGCUUAACCAACAGACGGGCGCUCACCCCUAUCCAGAAUCACAUGUGCAAGUUUUUGCCUAGCCAGUUGUUCCUAAGGACCAGGCAACUUUGAACUCCUGUCUCUAGAAGUGCUGAAUGAUGUCGGCAGGGGUAUUAAACGUGGAUCUGUACUCAACUACCUCAGGUAUUCAGUAAUACAAUGAAAAGCAAAAUUGUUCCUUUUUUUGAAAAUUUUAUAUACUUUAUAAAGAUGAAAGUCCAACUGUUUUUUAAAGAAUAAUUUAAAAUUUAGCACCUAUCAGCUAACAGGCAAAUAACUGAGAAAGAAGUUUACUUCUGGCGGCUGACACUUAAGCUAGAAAAUUAAUUUCAGGUUUUUUGAGGCUUUCAACACCGUUAUUAGUUGAAAGAUCCAAUCAAUGUCCAAGGAUAUGGAGCAGUGCCUAUAUUUGGAAAGCAGCGAUACCAUUUAUUCUUUCAUUUAUAGUUGGGAAAGUUUUCAAUGGCGCUAACAGAGCAAAGUGGUGGCAGGAGGAUUUCGAACAGCUGGUUUAAAUGGCUUUAGGAGAUUUCGGGGUUUUUGUUUAGCUACAUGACUGAGUGCAUAAAUGCUUUGUGCUUUUGACUAUCACUACCCCAAGAAAGUGCAUCAGUGAAGAGAUGCAAGACUUUAAACAGAUUGGGAAAAAGCAAGAUUCAGCUUGUCUUACAGGAUGCUUAGUUUGCCAAUACACUUCAGACCAGAUGGUCUCCACUUAGAGCAGACUCCGAAAGCAACUGCUUUGUGAAGACCAACGGGACAGUCAGAGAGGGUAUGACAGUGUUUGAAGGCAACAAAGGGCUGCAUCUUCACAUGCCCAGCACUGACAUGAGCCUCACUAGGCUAUUUUGAAGAUUUUUAAGCAAUGAUAAAGGGAAGUCCACCCAAAAUAUUACAUAAAAUGUAGUAGGAUUUCUGUGUACUCUGCAACCAGUUAUUUGCAAGUAAGUCAAAAAGUAGAGGAUACAUGAAAACAGUUUUUGGAAUAUAAUUUCAAUGACUGUGAAAACAUCUGACCUUUGAGACUGAACUUGUUUGUCCAUUCCUUAACUUGAUGGCAAAGCCCCGUUAUGUACAAUUGUGUGGGUGUGGGUGGUCUCCAAGGCCAUGCUGCUCUCUGAAUUGUUUUUGUGUUGCAUUUGUUAGUAGGAUGGUCACAGUCAUUAACACUGAUCUGAAGGGCAUAUAUAAUAACUCUUAAAUUAGUUCACCUCUUUCAUAUUUCAAGAUGAAUUUCUACACAUACUAGAUAAAUUUUUAUGAAGAUCACAUCAUUUAGGCAUUUUGGAAAUUAUUUGAAAUUUUUUCCGAAAACCAGCUUAUUUUGUAGUUUUAUCAUUUUUGUCACUGGAUUUGCUUAGCAGUCAUAAUUUUUUUCCAUACAAUGAAUUGCUAAAAAACAUCACAGACUGGCUUUCUGGUUGGAAUUCAGGUGAGAUGUGUUUUAAGGCCAGAGUUCUUCCUCAAUAUUUGAUUUUUUCCAAUAUUUGAUUUUUUUAAAAACAAAGGUGCUGCAUUUAAAUCUGCUGGUUUCAAUGCUGUCAUUUCACUUCAGGCCUUUUAGUGUGGAAAAUCAUUUUACUUUUACUUAAGCAUUGGUAAUUUGGUACUAGCUAAGGAAUAAUUCUAUAAUUGAGUUCUGUACUCAUCAUAUAUGGAUCAUUCCCCCCUCUGUAAUGUGCCCCAAAUGCAGCUUCAUUUCCCAAUACCUUGAUGCAGAAUAAAGUUUUUCAUUAAAAGAAAAAAGCUUAUAACACUUAAUUAUAACAGAAUCACAGGUCAUUAUAAAAUAAUGCCGUUCACAUAGCCAGAGCAACAAUUAAAACAUUUAAAAAGUGAGUACAGAGGCACAUAGUUAAAAAGAAAAAACGCCUUACACAUUUAACAGAAACGACUCAAUUUUCCCCCAUAAUCAAAUACAUUGAUAAAGACAACUUGAAAGCAUAAGAAAUUAUCUUGAUAAGAUAAUACGUAGGCCAGGUACCUAAAGGUAGAGAGAAACUUUUCACAAUUUAUUAAAAGCAGAGGCUAAUACUACCAAAGAAGUUGGUUGUUUUAUGAACUAAAAUAAAAUCAUAAGACUUUCCCACCUGCUCCCCACUGCCACCGGCUGACUGAGUGGACCCCCUCCAGGCCAAGGGGAUAUCCUAAAACUAAAUUGCCUGCCACCAGGAGGGAGGUCAGACAUGCCUCAUCAUGCCCCCUCCCUUCUUGGAGAUAUCCUUUGUAAUUCAUUCACAGGUCUAAGGCUAUGCAACUAACCUGCAGGUCCUAGAUUUACACAACAAAUAUAUGUCCUGGUGCCUUGUCUCUGAUUAACAGACCUCCUUAUCUUAAAACAUCCCAAGCCUUUAGACAAGGCUUCUUGUCUUUAACCAAUUGAAAGUCAAAGAAUCUUUAAUCCCACCCAUAACCUUUGUUAGCCCCCACUUCAAGAUGGCCCACCUUUUCAGACCGAACCAAUGCAUGUCUCCCAUGCAUGGAUUUAUGACUUUACCUGUAACCCCUAUCUCCCUGCAAUGUAUAAAACCAAAUUGUAACCCAGCCAC